CAACCUGCUCAAACAUGGUGGAUUACUAUGAAGUACUAGGUGUGCAGAAACAUGCCUCACCUGAGGAUAUAAAAAAGGCAUAUCGUAAAUUGGCAUUGAAGUGGCAUCCUGAUAAAAAUCCUGAGAAUAAGGAUGAAGCAGAGAGAAAAUUCAAACAAGUAGCUGAGGCAUAUGAAGUGUUAUCAGAUGCGAAAAAACGAGACAUUUAUGACAAAUACGGCAAAGAAGGAUUGAAUGGUGGAAGUGAAGGUAGAAGUCAUUUUGAUAGUCCAUUUGAGUUUGGCUUCACAUUCCGUCAUCCAGAUGAAGUCUUCAGGGAAUUUUUUGGUGGAAGGGACCCAUUUUCCUUUGACUUCUUUGAAGAUCCAUUUGAGGACUUUUUUGGGAGUCGCAGAGGGCCUCGUGGAAGUCGAAACCGAGGCACAGGAUCAUUUUUAUCUGCUUUUGGUGGGUUUCCAGCCUUUGGAGGAGGAUUUCCUUCUUUUGACACAGGAUUUACAUCAUUUUCUCCACUGGGUCAUGGUGGUAUUACUUCUUUCUCUUCCACUUCAUUUGGUGGCGGUGGGGUGGGCAGCUUCAAAUCCAUAUCAACUUCUUCUAAAACAGUGAAUGGCAGAAAAAUCACUACAAAGAGAAUUGUUGAAAAUGGUCAAGAAAUAGUAGAAGUUGAAGAAGAUGGCCAGUUAAAGUCCUUAACAAUAAAUGGUAAGGAGCAGCCGCUACGCUUGGAUAACAAGUAAUUCAACGCACGCAUUUAACAGAAAUGUUAAACUAUUACAAGCACCAUUUGAGGAUUAACAGGAACAUUUUUUUGAAGAUUUCAAACGAACUCUACUUUCAGUAUACCUGUACCUAAUCUAAAGUAUUUAUAAACAGCUCAUCGGAGCACCUAUUUGUCAUAGACUUUGAGUUUAUUGUUGGGACCACACUAAUAGGACCAUUUUUUUUGUCUUUAAAUUGUUGUAAAUUUAUGUAUGCACUUUGCUUUUUUUAAUUAAACAUAAAUUCAAGGUAAACAAACCCUCAUUCUUUAGUGGAGCUAGGAGAAAAUUGUACACUAACACCAGCAUGGAUCUUGCUUUAUCCAUUUUGUUUGAAAUGUGAGCCAAGUAGUUUCAGUCUGCUGUGAAGUUAACAUUGACAGGAUAAAUCUUUAUAAAAGAACUUAAUUUUUUUUCAGUAUUGAAUAGUGAAAGAUAGUAAUUCAUUAAUGGUAAUACAUUUCUGGUUUAAUACAAAUUACGGAUGUUUUCCAGUUGUGCAUGAACGCUGGCAAUUUAGUAAGUUUUCAAAAUUGUUUAAAUAUGUAUUGUUAAGGUUAGGUUUAAAAGUAAAGUUGGUAAACUGGGACUUUGUCAUUUGCUUUAAAGAAAAAAAAAUAAAUGCUCAUGUGUUUGGUGCAUUCUUUCAUGAAUGGGAUUUG